AUGUGGUGGACUCCGCAGACUCUCCUAGUCCUCGGUCUGAUCAGUGAAGCCGUUGGAUCAACGUCGUCAGCCGUCUCUACGACUGCGACCCUCGCGACACCGAGCACAUCAGUCGCGAAUGCAACAUGUCCGUCUCGUACCGCCAACGUCAUCACCCAUAACUUACCGCAGCAAUGCCUGCCUUCUGCCCGCAGAAGUACAGAAGUGACUCCCUCUGUGAGCCCAGGCAAUGCAACAACCCGCGGGGGAGUGCCUGAAAGCGGGACCGAUACACGGCAUCAGGAGGAGAGCACCUCUAGCCUUGCUGCUAUCAUAGUGGAGCUCAAUUCAAUUACCUCUGGCUCUGGCUCAGUGGCUUCUACUGCGCCAACCCAGUCCAGCUUGUCAACCGAGGCCAUUGCGGUCGUUGCCUCUCCGGGCCCUGAGGAGGUUUCACCAUUAGAUGAUGGCAAGUUCAUGUCGUUCGAGGACUGGAAGAAACAAAAUUUGCUGAAGGCAGGACAAUCAGAGCACUUAGGACGGGAUGUGCCAGUUGACCAGCUGCCUGCUCGAAAGCGGCCCACCGAUCUGCAGGGCGCUCUAGACACGCUCGGUGACGAUCAUGAAAUCGAGCUUGACUUCUCUGGCUUCUUACCUGACGGUCCCGAGCAACCGAGUCGCUUUGCAAGCGCUAUCACUCGCGCCUCUGGGCUCGAGCACCUGGAUCCCUCCAAAUCGACGCCUCCCAAGGCCAAAGGUAGGAAAGAUGCUGGGACGACAUACAAAGAACGCUUUAACUACGCUUCAUUCGACUGUGCUGCCAACGUGCUCAAGACGAAUCGCGAGGCCAGUGGUGCCUCCGCAAUCCUCGGGGAAAGCAAAGAUUCGUACAUGCUCAAUGUGUGUUCUGCCGACCAGUUCCUCAUCCUCGAGCUCUGUGAUGACAUCUCUAUCGAUACCAUAGUACUGGCCAAUUACGAAUUCUUCAGCUCAAUAUUUCGUUCAUUCAGAGUGUCAGUAUCUGACAAGUAUCCAGUGAAGGCAGACAAGUGGAAAUCACUCGGAGAAUUCGAAGCGCAAAAUACCCGUGACAUUCAGGCAUUCUUAAUCGAGAAUCCUCUGAUAUGGGCUCGUUACGUUCGAAUCGAGUUCCUGACACAUUACGGAGUGGAAUACUAUUGUCCAAUCAGUCUGGUUCGUGUUCAUGGUACAACCAUGCUGGAAGAGUAUAAACACGAACUUUCAUCCGCUGUGAACGACAACGACGACGAACCUGACGACAAUGUCAUCGAUCUCUCGGAGGACGAGGUGCCGAUCCCAGAAGCAAUUGCAGAGCCAGUCAAACAUCCACUCUCAACCACCGAGACCGGAGCUGACAUCAGUCCGGCGGAUUCUGCCAUGGUAACCGGCUCGGAAAUUUCUGUGAAGACAACGACCUCUCCGCCACCAGAUGUUGAAACUGUGGGAGUGACUCAUCUCAGUGAACAUGGCGAAGUCUGCAGCAUCACUUCGAGCUUCGAGCGCAGCAGUAGUGUAGCAACACCCACGACAUCUAGCACAAGAACGACUGGAAUAGUCUCGAAAAGUAUUCAAAACCUGUCCAACAGCUCCAUCGUGCACCAAUCCAGCGCCGCGGCUGUAGCGAAUACGACAUCGCCUCUCGCCAAACCCGGCAACGAUAUAUCGACUUCAGAGAACUCUUCUGAACCAUCUGGCUCCGACAGCAGCCAGUACAGUCUUUCGCAGAAUGCUUCGAGUUCAUUGAAUACAACAAGCGGCUUGAAGACCAACGGAACUGCUACAGAUCUUCAAAAGACACUUAGUAGCACGAAUGCGACUACCACGGAGCGUCAAAAGACCUCAGGCACGACUACGCAAAGCUCUGCUGCAAUGCCUACGAUGCAGGAAUCGUUCUUCAAAUCAGUGCAAAAGCGUCUACAGAUGCUGGAGUCAAAUUCAUCGUUAUCUCUUCAAUACAUCGAGGAUCAGUCCCGAGCUUUGAGGGACGCGUUCAACAAAGUCGAGCAAAGGCAGCUCGCUAAGACCAGCGCCUUUCUCGAUCACUUGAAUAUGACUGUCCUUAGUGAACUGAGGGAAUUUCGGCAGCAGUACGAUCAGUUGUGGCAAUCUACUGUCAUAGAGCUCGAUGUCCAACGCGAGCGUUACCAUCAGGACACCGAAGCCAUGAAUGCUAGGCUUGUAAUAUUGGCCGAUGAGCUCAUAUACCAAAAGCGUCUGUCGAUUCUGCAGAUGGUGAUUGUGCUUGUCUGUCUGGCCUUGGUGGUCUUCAGCAAAGGCGCAUUCAACCAAUAUCUUGAACUCCCUCUUGUGCAAAGUGUUCUGGCACGAUCUCCGAGCUCGCGGUGGCUCAACAGCGUCAGCAUUGACACCCCUACUCAAAGUCCUCCGGCGACCAGGCAGGGAUCACUGCGAAAACGUGGCGGAAUAUUGAAAGGCCAUCGUCGACUUCAGUCAGAAGACUCGAUAGACACCUCGCUAAGUCCCAAUGAUUAUGGGCCCCCUACACCAACCAGCAUGAGCUACGAAGAUGCAUCAGAGGUGGAGACCACGCAAGGUCAGAGUGUAAUGGACGACCCAGACUUCGAUCCAAGCACCAUCGAAAGGCCCAGGACGAGCCCACCGGAAUUGCAAACCAUCACCCCGCCUUCGCCUGACCCGACAGAUGCCAGCGAUCAUGAAUCUAUUGGUACAAUACUCCACGAUCCAGGGUCUGAGAGGCAAGCGAUCGCUGUCCCACGGGUGAUGAUCGAGCGUGCAACGCCGCCUCAUAAGCAGCUCUCAUGGAACCUUCCAGAGAGCAACGCUGAGAUGUGA